AAAGAGUUUGAGGCUCAACCUGGUGCAUCAGAAGACAAAGACGAGGACAGGGAGAGAAGCUCAAAGAGGCCACGGCCACUCCGCUCUGAGAAGGUUUCCCUUGUGAAGGAGCAGGAACAAGCAGGAAGCACCAAGAACCCCAUCAUCAGUGUGGUUCUCACCGCUCACGAGGCACUUCCUGGUAAGUCACAACUACAUUAUGGAUGCGGCCCAAUUGGCACUCUAUUAUCUACAGGGUGCGAUACUUUUGACCAGGGCCCAUAGGGAAUAGGGUGUAGGGAAUAGGGUGUAGGGAAUAGCGUGUAGGGAAUAGGGUGUAGGGAAUAGGGUGUAGGGAAUAGGGUGUAGGGAAUAGCGUGUAGGGAAUAGCGUGUAGGGAAUAGGGUGUAGGGAAUAGCGUGUAGGGAAUAGCGUGUAGGAUCAACCUGAGGAUCUUCAGAUUUUAAUCCAGAAAAGUAUAGAUUUCACAAUGUUGCUGUUGGUACAUUUUCACCUGAGUUUUAUGCAUGAAAAAUCAGGAAGGUUUAUAGUCUAUGUGUUCCCGAUGACUUGUCUUUGUAUCUAGGCUGUAUAAACGUUUAUAUUUGUAUCUACCUGUGCAUUUGUUCAUUUAGGUGCGACAAGGAUAGUGCCGAUCGAGGCCACCCCAGCAGAGCCGACUGUUACUGCAGACACAGACUCUCAGGAAGCGGGACAGAAGAGAGGUUUUCAGGAAUAUUCCAUACAACAAGCUGCUUAUGAAGUGCCAUUAAAGUCAAACAGGUACAGACGUUUGGUUGUACAACACACAGUAGCUGAAGAUAAACUACCCAGACUGUAUUGUGGCAUUAAUAAAUGGAACAUAGUGAUGUCUUGAGUGAACUGAAUCAAUGUAGUCUACAGUAUUAUCUAGCAGAGUGAAAUGUCAGUCUAGUCUACUAUAUUCACCACUUCAAUGGACGUGUCAACAACAGAUUUCAGCUUUGUUACUGUAGAUACAAACAUGACGUUUUUGCUAUAGCUCAAAUUGUAUUUUGGCAAGUUACUGGUUCUACUGUAUGUAUAUUGCAACAUUCCUCGUUCAUACAGAAUAGGACAGACCCAGUUGAAGAUCUUCACCUGCGAAUACUGCAACAAGGUCUUCAAGUUCCGCCACUCCUUGCAGGCCCAUCUGCGAACCCACACCAACGAGAAACCCUUCAAGUGCCCACACUGCGACUACGCCAGUGCCAUCAAAGCCAACCUCAGCGUUCACAUGCGCAAACACACGGGAGAGAAGUUCAGCUGUGAGCACUGCUCCUUCCAGUGCCUCAGCAAGGGCCACCUCAAGGUGCACGUGGAGAGAGUUCACCACAAGAUCAAGCAGCACUGUCGCUUCUGCAAGAAGAAGUACUCUGACGUCAAGAACCUGCUCAAGCACAUGAAGGAGAGCCACGACCUGGAGGACAAGAAGGUGAAGGACUGCUCUCUUUUUUAAAAUCUAUCAUAUGCCUUUAUACUGUCUUUAUUAUGAGAUCUUAUUGAUGUAGUUAUUAAUAACAUGUAUUAUUAUGAAGGUGAAGGACUCCUACCAUGAGUACAGUCUACAGACCAGAGAAGGCAAGAGGCAGCUCCUCUACGACUGCCAGAUCUGCGACCGCAAGUUCAAGAACGAGCUGGACCGCGACCGCCACAUGAUGGUCCACGGCAGCGAGAGGCCGUUCGGCUGCGAGCUGUGUGACCACGGCUGCACCAAGUUCCAGGCUCUCCAAGCGCAUGUCCGCAAGCACCCCUUCCUCUACGUGUGUGCUGCCUGCCAGCAGAGGUUUGUCAGUUCCGUGCGGCUUAAGGCCCACCUGAAGGAGGCUCACCCAGAAUCAGAGGAGGCGGCCGGGUUCUCAGAGUCCAUCAACAGCAGCUUCUGUCUGCUGGAGCCGGGGGACGACAUCAAGAGAGAGAUGCUGAGACAGGAUGAGAUCAGGAUGGCUGAGGAGCUGUCUCUACUCAACGCCCAGCAGGAGGAGGAUGAGGAGGAGGCCCUCGCUGGUGACCCUUCAGAGGAGCAGGAGGAGGCCCUCGCUGGUGACCCUUCAGAGGAGCAGGGGGAGGCCCUCGCUGGUGACCCUUCAGAGGAGCAGGAGGAGGCCCUCGCUGGUGACCCUUCAGAGGAACAGGAGGAGGCCCUCGCUGGUGACCCUUCAGAGGAGCAGGAGGAGGCCCUCGCUGGUGACCCUUCAGAGGAGCAGGAGGAGGCCCUCGCUGGUGACCCUUCAGAGGAACAGGAGGAGGCCCUCGCUGGUGACCCUUCAGAGGAACAGGAGGAGGCCCUCGCUGGUGACCCUUCAGAGGAGCAGGAGGAGGCCCUCGCUGGUGACCCUUCAGAGGAGCAGGAGGAGGCCCUCGCUGGUGACCCUUCAGAGGAACAGGAGGAGGCCCUCGCUGGUGGCCCUUCAGAGGAACAGGAGGAGGCCCUCGCUGGUGACCCUUCAGAGGAGCAGGAGGAGGCCCUCGCUGGUGACCCUUCAGAAAAACAGGAGGAGGCCCUCGCUGGUGUCCCUUCAGAGAAACAGGAGGAGGCCCUCGCUGGUGACCCUUCAGAGGAGCAGGAGGAGGCCCUCGCUGGUGACCCUUCAGAGGAACAGGAGGAGGCCCUCGCUGGUGACCCUUCAGAGGAGCAGGAGGAGGCCCUCGCUGGUGACCCUUCAGAGGAGCAGGAGGAGGCCCUCGCUGGUGACCCUUCAGAGGAGCAGGAGGAGGCCCUCGCUGGUGACCCUUCAGAGGAGCAGGGGGAUGGGGUGGAACAGGGAGAGGGGCUGGGAGAGUGGGAGGAACAGGUGGUCCCUGAUCCGGGCCCUAAGGGGCAGACUGUAGAGACAUACGUGUUGAACCAACCUGCACAAGAGACUGAGACUCUACAAGACAGAACUGAGCCAAUCAGUCCUGAACAAACCCAGACAACAAGCAAAGGCACGGCCCAGGAAGUAAUCAGCGAGGAGAGACCUGAUAAGACACUGAUGGAGGAAGACGAGCCUCAUGGGGAGAAUAACGUCACUGUGGCUGAACAAGACACUUUGGUAGAAAGGCCUUCAGGCAAGGAGGAAUCAGUGGGCCACCAGCAGUAUCAUGAAGAAGACAAGGGUUCUUCAUCAACAUCACAAGGUCAUGUUGAGGAGACUCUCCGGUCUUUGAUUCAGGGGGAGGUCAUAGGUCAAACAAACACUUCAGCAGGACCACAAGGAGAGGAUGGUACAACGGAGGAGAGGAGCGCAUUCCAACAGAUUCUAGAUAAGCUGCAGAAAAGGCAGCUGAACAUGGUUGUCUUUGAGAGAAUACGGAAAGUAUACGGGGACCUGGAAUGUGAAUACUGUGGUAAGAAUAUAUCACGCAAAUAUAUUGACAUAGAAAUCAUUUUAUUAUAGCAGUAUAAAUUGCAUUUUUACAAGAGUUUGUAAUUUCAGCUAUUUCAUCAUUUCAUAUGUGUUGGUAAUUCAUCUGUAAACCACCUGUUUUCUAGCCACGUGUUUUUUUUUGUUCCCCGUCUAGGAAAGCUCUUCUGGUACCAAGUCCACUACAACAUGCAUGUGCGCACUCACACAAAAGAGCAUCUACAUUACUGUACCCAGUGCAGCUAUUCUUCCAUCACCAAGAACUGCCUGAAGCGCCAUCUAAUCCAGAGACACAGUAACGUCCUGCUCCAGUGCCCCAUGGAAGACUGCCAGUACUGCACACCUGACAAGUACAAGCUGCAGGCCCACCUCAAAACACACUUUGACAACGUAAGUCUGGGACCGCGUCCCAAAUGACACCCUGUUCUCUAUAUAGUGGGCUACUUUUGAUCAGGGACCCAUAGGGGACACAUCAUCUGAUAAUUAUAGCACGUUUCUGUUUUUUGAUGAUUUUGGACUCUAACGUCAUUCAUUUUUAAUAUUAAAGGAGAAGAAAAGCUUUGCUUGCCCUGUGUGUGAGGAAACGUUCACUGAAGAUAAACUUAAGCUUCAUAUCAGGAACUUUCAUCCAGGUAAGAGACCGGAAACUAAGCCCGAUCUUUGUUUGGGUGUUCUCUGUGGAGUUUGAUUUUGUUCACAACAGCAGAGCGUUAAUGAUGUUUAAAUCUAAAAAUCAUACCCAUUUCCUGAUUGAAGCCAGGCAUAAAGGUAAGUAAGCCUUGUCCGAGCCAGAACGGCCCAUAGGGCAGGAGCCUUUCUGAAGCUCGAGGCAGCUUUAAUGUACAUGUACACCCCCUGGGGCAGGACGCUAGCUAUGUGGGUAAAACCAUCUCUAUCCGCAGAUACGCCGAUGAACGCCAUCUCUGAGGCGCUGGGGGUGAGGGUGCAGAUGAAGGGCUUGAUCGGGAAGAGAGCGUCCAAGUGCCCUUAUUGUGACAGCUACUUCAUGAGGAACGGAGCAGAUCUACAGCAGCACAUCUGGGCUCACGAAGGUAGGACAUCAAACUAAAUAGGCUGGGUAACAAAUGACGUCCUGUUCCUUAUAAUGCCUUCUACUUUUGGACAAAUAAAGUGGUUUUCUCCACAUUUAAAAGGCAAUAGCAACUACCACACUUAACCUUUUCGAGGAAUUUUUUUACUUGUAAUGAAUGUGCAAUGUGGUUGUCUUAUCGAUGUGAUAUGUGGUUGUCUUAUCGCUGUGAUAUGUGGUUGUCUUAUCGCUGUGAUAUGUGGUUUUCUUAUCGCUGUGAUAUGUGGUUGUCUUAUCGAUGUGAUAUGUGGUUGUCUUAUCGCUGUGAUACAGUGGGGGAAAAAGGUAUUUAGUCAGCCACCAAUUGUGCAAGUUCUCCCACUUAAAAAGAUGAGAGGCCUGUAAUUUUCAUCAUAGGUACACGUCAACUAUGACAGACAAAAUGAGAAGAAAAAAAAUCCUGAAAAUCACAUUGUAGGAUUUGUAAUGAAUUUGCAAAUUAUGGUGGAAAAUAAGUAUUUGGUCAAUAACAAAAGUUUCUCAAUACUUUGUUAUAUACCCUUUGUUGGCAAUGACACAGGUCAAACGUUUUCUGUAAGUCUUCACAAGGUUUUCACACACUGUUGCUGGUAUUUUGGCCCAUUCCUCCAUGCAGAUCUCCUCUAGAGCAGUGAUGUUUUGGGGCUGUCGCUGGGCAACACAGACUUUCAACUCCCUCCAAAGAUUUUCUAUGGGGUUGAGAUCUGGAGACUGGCUAGGCCACUCCAGGACCUUGAAAUGCUUCUUACGAAGCCACUCCUUCGUUGCCCGGGCGGUGUGUUUGGGAUCAUUGUCAUGCUGAAAGACCCAGCCACGUUUCAUCUUCAAUGCCCUUGCUGAUGGAAGGAGGUUUUCACUCAAAAUCUCACGAUACAUGGCCCCAUUCAUUCUUUCCUUUACACGGAUCAGUCGUCCUGGUCCCUUUGCAGAAAAACAGUUCCAAAGCAUGAUGUUUCCACCCCCAUGCUUCACAGUAGGUAUGGUGUUCUUUGGAUGCAACUCAGCAUUCUUUGUCCUCCAAACACGACAAGUUGAGUUUUUACCAAAAAGUUAUAUUUUGGUUUCAUCUGACCAUAUGACAUUCUCCCAAUCCUCUUCUGGAUCAUCCAAAUGCACUCUAGCAAACUUCAGACGGGCCUGGACAUGUACUGGCUUAAGCAGGAGGACACGUCUGGCACUGCAGGAUUUGAGUCCCUGACGGCGUAGUGUGUUACUGAUGGUAGGCUUUGUUACUUUGGUCCCAGCUCUCUGCAGGUCAUUCACUAGGUCCCCCCGUGUGGUUCUGGGAUUUUUGCUCACCGUUCUUGUGAUCAUUUUGACCCCACAGGGUGAGAUCUUGCGUGGAGCCCCAAAUCAAGGGAGAUUAUCAGUGGUCUUGUAUGUCUUCCAUUUCCUAAUAAUUGCUCCCACAGUUGAUUUCUUCAAACCAUGCUGCUUACCUAUUGCAGAUUCAGUCUUCCCAGCCUGGUGCAGGUCUACAAUUUUGUUUCUGGUGUCCUUUGACAGCUCUUUGGUCUUGGCCAUAGUGGAGUUUGGAGUGUGACUGUUUGAGGUUGUGGACAGGUGUCUUUUAUACUGAUAACAAGUUCAAACAGGUGCCAUUAAUACAGGUAACGAGUGGAGGACAGAGGAGCCUCUUAAAGAAGAAGUUACAGGUCUGUGAGAGCCAGAAAUCUUGCUUGUUUGUAGGUGACCAAAUACUUAUUUUCCACCAUAAUUUGCAAAUAAAUUCAUUAAAAAUCCUACAAUGUGAUUUUCUGGAUUUUUUUUCCUCAAUUUGUCUGUCAUAGUUGACGUGUACCUAUGAUGAAAAUGACAGGCCUCUCUCAUCUUUUUAAGUGGGAGAACUUGCACAAUUGGUGGCUGACUAAAUACUUUUUUCCCCCACUGUAUGUGGUUGUCUUAUCGAUGUGAUAUGUGGUUGUCUUAUCGAUGUGAUAUGUGGUUGUCUUAUCGAUGUGAUAUGUGGUUGUAUUACCUACCUUAUUUGAAUGCAUUGACUGUAAAUCACUCUGGAUAAGAGUGUCUGCUAAAUGAUCACUGACUGUAAAUCACCCUGGAUAAGAGUGUCUGCUAAAUGAUCACUGACUGUAAAUCACCCUGGAUAAGAGUGUCUGCUAAAUGAUCACUGACUGUAAAUCACCCUGGAUAUGAGUGUCUGCUAAAUGAUCACUGACUGUAAAUCACCCUGGAUAAGAGUGUCUGCUAAUUGAUCACUGACUGUAAAUCACCCUGGAUAAGAGUGUCUGCUAAUUGAUCACUGACUGUAAAUCACUCUGGAUAAGAGUGUCUGCUAAAUGACCACUGACUGUAAAUCACUCUGGAUAAGAGUGUCUGCUAAAUGACCAAAAUGUAAAUGCCGCUGUAUCUCUUCCCCCUGUUAGGAGUGAAGCCCUUCAAGUGUUCCCUGUGUGAUUAUGCCAGCCGCAGCAAGAGCAACCUGAAGGCCCACAUGAGCAGACACACCACGGAGAAGACACAUCUGUGUGACAUGUGUGGCAAGAAGUUCAAGUCCAAGGUCACUCUGAAGAGCCACAAGCUGAUGCACACAGAGGACGGUGAGAGAAAUCCAUACGCUUUGAGAUCUAGGGCGGGGUUCCAAAUAAUGGCACCCUAUUCACUAUAUAGUGCACUACGUUUGACCAGAGCCCAAUAGUAGUGCACUAUAAAGGGAAUAGGGUGCCAUUUGGGACACGUCCACGAUUUGAGAUCCAGUGGGGGUAACAUUUAGUAUUUUAUCUUUGACAGUACUAACCUGUCUGUGUCCCUCCUCCAUAAUGUAGGUAAGCAGUUCAAAUGUACAGAGUGUGAUUACAGCGCUGCACAGAAACCUCUGCUGGUGAGACACAUGGAGCAGCACGCCUCUUUCAAGGUGAUCAGACGAGGGGAGUCUUUAUACAACGCUUCUAUAAUACAGUCGCUAGCGUCAAUGUAUCAACACCAGCCAAUAACUAUUUCAACUUCCACUACCAUAAAAUACUUUCGGACAGCUUAAGGGAUCGCACAAUGUUUCUUCAGAAAAAAUGACCCAUUUUCUAGUCUUCAUUAUUGUUUGAAGACAACUGAAAUGUGUUUUCCACAGCCCUACCGCUGCGGCCACUGUCACUACUCCUGUAACAUAGCAGGACCCCUGAAGAGACAUUACAGCAAGAAGCACCCCGACCAGGAGUACUGUAACGCAGGGCCUGGGCCAGCCACCUCUGAGGCUGUGGAACAGCAAGGUGAGUCCCUCAGCAAAUACACACUGACCUCUGGAAUGGACAAAACAUUUGUGGAGAUCAUACUGUACCAACCAGAAACCCACAUUUUACAUAUAUAUUAACAUUUAGCAGACGCUCUUAUCCAGAAAGACUUUGUGUAUUCAACUAAGUUUAAUGGGGAAAAACAAGUACAUAUCAGUCAUAUCAGUUCAAGUAGACCAGUCUUCAAACUAGAACAUGGAAUUAGUCUUUACUCAGUAAAGCAAAAGGAGAAACCUGCAUACUGUUUCUGUUCCCUAUGAAAAUGUUCGUAUUAAAUGACUAAUACAAGUGCUUUGGUACAUGGAUCUCUUCAACCAGGUGGAGUGUCCUGUGUGUGACUAUGUCCUGUAUCUCUAGGUGGAGUGAAGUGUCCCGUGUGUGACUAUGUCCUGUAUCUCUAGGUGGAGUGAAGUGUCCCGUGUGACUAUGUCCUGUAUCUCUAGGUGGAGUGAAGUGUCCCGUGUGUGACUAUGUCCUGUAUCUCUAGGUGGAGUGAAGUGUCCUGUAUCUCUAGGUGGAGUGAAGUGUCCCGUGCGUGACUAUGUCCUGUAUCUCUAGGUGGAGUGAAGUGUCCCGUGUGUAUGUCCUGUAUCUCUAGGUGGAGUGAAGUGUCCCGUGCGUGACUCUGUCCUGUAUCUCUAGGUGGAGUGAAGUGUCCCGUGUGUGACUAUGUCCUGUAUCUCUAGGUGGAGUGAAGUGUCCCGUGCGUGACUAUGUCCUGUAUCUCUAGGUGGAGUGAAGUGUCCCAUGCGUGACUAUGUCCUGUAUCUCUAGGUGGAGUGAAGUGUCCCGUGCGUGACUAUGUCCUGUAUCUCUAGGUGGAGUGAAGUGUCCCGUGCGUGACUAUGUCCUGUAUCUCUAGGUGGAGUGAAGUGUCCCGUGUGACUAUGUCCUGUAUCUCUAGGUGGAGUGAAGUGUCCUGUAUCUCUAGGUGGAGUGAAGUGUCCUGUAUCUCUAGGUGGAGUGAAGUGUCCCGUGCGUGACUAUGUCCUGUAUCUCUAGGUGGAGUGAAGUGUCCCGUGCGUGACUAUGUCCUGUAUCUCUAGGUGGAGUGAAGUGUCCCGUGUGUGACUAUGUCCUGUAUCUCUAGGUGGAGUGAAGUGUCCUGUAUCUCUAGGUGGAGUGAAGUGUCCCGUGUGUGACUAUGUCCUGUAUCUCUAGGUGGAGUGAAGUGUCCCGUGUGUGACUAUGUCCUGUAUCUCUAGGUGGAGUGAAGUGUCCUGUAUCUCUAGGUGGAGUGAAGUGUCCCAUGCGUGACUAUGUCCUGUAUCUCUAGGUGGAGUGAAGUGUCCCGUGUGUGACUAUGUCCUGUAUCUCUAGGUGGAGUGAAGUGUCCUGUGUGACUAUGUCCUGUAUCUCUAGGUGGAGUGAAGUGUCCCGUGCGUGACUCUGUCCUGUAUCUCUAGGUGGAGUGAAGUGUCCCGUGUGUGACUAUGUCCUGUAUCUCUAGGUGGAGUGAAGUGUCCCGUGCGUGACUAUGUCCUGUAUCUCUAGGUGGAGUGAAGUGUCCCGUGCGUGACUAUGUCCUGUAUCUCUAGGUGGAGUGAAGUGUCCCGUGCGUGACUAUGUCCUGUAUCUCUAGGUGGAGUGAAGUGUCCCGUGCGUGACUAUGUCCUGUAUCUCUAGGUGGAGUGAAGUGUCCCAUGCGUGACUAUGUCCUGUAUCUCUAGGUGGAGUGAAGUGUCCCGGUGACUAUGUCCUGUAUCUCUAGGUGGAGUGAAGUGUCCUGUAUCUCUAGGUGGAGUGAAGUGUCCUGUAUCUCUAGGUGGAGUGAAGUGUCCCGUGCGUGACUAUGUCCUGUAUCUCUAGGUGGAGUGAAGUGUCCCGUGCGUGACUAUGUCCUGUAUCUCUAGGUGGAGUGAAGUGUCCCGUGCGUGACUAUGUCCUGUAUCUCUAGGUGGAGUGAAGUGUCCCGUGUGGUGACUAUGUCCUGUAUCUCUAGGUGGAGUGAAGUGUCCUGUAUCUCUAGGUGGAGUGAAGUGUCCCGUGUGUGACUAUGUCCUGUAUCUCUAGGUGGAGUGAAGUGUCCCGUGUGUGACUAUGUCCUGUAUCUCUAGGUGGAGUGAAGUGUCCUGUAUCUCUAGGUGGAGUGAAGUGUCCCGUGUGUGACUAUGUCCUGUAUCUCUAGGUGGAGUGAAGUGUCCCGUGUGUGACUAUGUCCUGUAUCUCUAGGUGGAGUGAAGUGUCCCGUGUGUGACUAUGUCCUGUAUCUCUAGGUGGAGUGAAGUGUCCCGUGCGUGACUAUGUCCUGUAUCUCUAGGUGGAGUGAAGUGUCCCGUGCGUGACUAUGUCCUGUAUCUCUAUGUGGAGUGAAGUGUCCCGUGUGACUAUGUCCUGUAUCGCUAGGUGGAGUGAGGUCCUGUGUGUGACUACGUCCUGUAUCGCUAGGUGGAGUGAAGUGUCCCGUGUGUGACUAUGUGUACGGCACCAAGUGGGAGAUGAACAGACACCUGAAGAACAAGCAUGGCCUCAAAGUGAUUCAGAGUGACGUGCUUGGUCUGAACCAAUGGGAGGUAAGGUUUCAAACACUCCUAUAUAUGGUCAAUAUUAAGAUGUUUUUCCUAUGUUUAGACACUGUGUUAAGUGUGGUGUGUGUGUGUGUGUGUGUGUGUGUGUGUGUGUGUGUGUGUGUGUGUGUGUGUGUGUGUGUGUGUGUGUGUGUGUGUGUGUGUGUGUGUGCGUGUCGUGUGUGGUGUGUUCUGAGGUGGUGGAGCAGUCGAUGGAGCAGCCUCUUACCCAGUACCUCCACAUCACUGAGACAGAGGACCCUCAGGGGACCGAAGCUGCCGUGUCGGCCCUCCAGGACCUCCGGUUCACAGAGAACGGUUAGGACAAGUAGUCAGCACUUAAGUUAGCCUGGUCCCAGAUCUGUUUGUGCCCUUGCCAACGCCAUUGCUCCUUGUCAAGCCACAUACGACAAGAGUGACAAGGAGUUGAUACAUCCUUGGUUUGCUCACUGUGUUUCAUGUAUUUGAAUGCAUUCCUCUCGCUCUGCUUAGGGGUGGCGUCGACCACCACAGAAGGGCUGGAUCCCACAGCGGUUAACAUCCUCCAGCAGAUCAUUGAGCUGGGGGCAGAGUCCAAUGAUGCCACGGUGGCCUCCAUGGUGACCAUGGCCCCUGGCAGAGUGACCGUGGUGGAGCAGGUAAGGCUUGUGUCCCAAUUGAAACCUUAUUCCAUUUAUAGUGUACAACUUUUAACCAGGGCCCUCUGGUAAACGGAGUGCACUAUAAAGAGAAUAUGGGUGCUUGUGCCCUUGUCAUUUGGGACAUCUCACUCCCAACACGUUCCAUUCCUCUUUCCACCAUCUUCCAGGUGGGUGAGGAGGAGCAGCAGGGGACCCACACUGUGAUGAUCCAGGACCCCUUCCAGCAGGCAGCCUCCAUGGGUCUGGGUGAGGAGCACCAUCUGGUGGUGUCGUCUGACGAUGUGGAGGGCAUGGAGACGGUGACUGUGUACACUCAGGGAGAGGAUGCCUCCCAGUUCAUCGUCUAUGUCCAAGAGGCUGUGCAGACCGAGGAGCAUACUGUGGAAUCUAUC